ACGUGGUGGUGGUGGUCGAGAGCUGCUGUGCGAGCUUUCGGCUUUGGUGGCUGGCAUUCCAUUCCGUUGCCGUUGGUGUUACCGUUGUGUUGUGUGUUGAUGAUCGAGAUGACGAUGACCGACUAGGCUAGUGUUGUCGUUGGUCAAGGACGCGCCUCUUUCCACGGACUAACGGGUUUUGGUUUUUUUGGCGGGCGACGACCGUCAUCGUGGCCCCGUGAAUCCAGUUCCGACGAUUCCGAAGUGAAAGUUUAGUUGUCUUUCUGUGUUCUUUCGAGAGGAUUUUGCUGAGCAAAAAAGAAACAGUAGUGGCCAAUGCAAUAACGGUCAACCGGUGUUCUCAGUGGAAAGACAAAAAAAGAGACCAUGAAACAGGACCUACUGGUGGUUGAGGGAGGAGGAGGAGGUGGAGGUGGCGUUGUUGGGGGUAAAUAUGGUGACGAUGCAACCGAACGCAAGGACACGGUCCAGGAGAUCCUGGCAGCGCAGCAACCGGCCGACUUCUGGCAGGCCGUCACCGUGGACGAGGUGUUCUGUGGUCCCGGGAGCCGCGAAGGUGACAACUACAUGUCGGUCAUCAAGCGUGUGGUCGCGCACUGUACCAUCAAGACACUGGAUGGACAGAAUCAUGCAUUCACCAUUUCGCUGAUAUUCAAACGCCAGAUUACCAACCCGCAACGGCGCAAACUGUUCCGCUGUGACGCUGCCUUCGAGAACGAGAUCACGGCCUACACGAGCAUCAUUCCGGUUCUGCAGCGGUUGGCCCCGUACAAGCUCCCGUACCCCCGGUGCCUGUCGGCCGACAGUGACGAUCGGGGUGAGCGGAUUGUGCUGAAGGACCUCACGACGGCUGGCUUCAGUAUGGUCGAUCGACGCAUCGGGCUCAGCUUUACGCACUGCAGUGCCGUCAUGAAGGAACUGGCGAAGCUGCACGCGACCUCCCUGGCACUGAAGCAUGGCCAUCCGGCACAGUACGCGAGCGUCUGCGCCAAGGUGCGUGAGAUCGUGUUUUGUCCGGAGGCGGCCGACUUCUACACCCAUUCCCUCGAAACGUCGCUACGCGGGGCGCUGGACAGUUUGCGGUACAGUAACCGAUCCGGUGAGCUGGACCGUCCGAUCAAGGCGAUCGAGCAGGGCCUCUCGUCUGGCCGGCUGUACCGGCUCAUGUCCGGGCUGGUGUGCAAUCUCGCGGAUGAAUCGUGGCGCGUCAUCUGCCACGGGGACACGUGGGUUAACAAUUUGAUGUUCAGCGCCGAUCAGCAGUCGGUGCGUUUGAUCGAUCUGCAGACGAUGCGCUGUACGACGCCGGUCAUCGAUAUACUGCACCUGCUGUACACGAGUACGGGGCGUGAUGUGCGCCAGCAGCAUACUGCGGAUCUGCUGCUGCUGUACCGUCGGUUCCUGCUGGAGGCACUGGAGCAGCAUCUGCCCGCCGAUCAGUCGCGGCAAUUGCGGAUGCGCCACUUCGAGCAGCAGUUCUCGUACGGGCGGUUACGGGCCGAGUACGAUCGCUGUCUGCCGUACGGGCUCGGUAUCGCGAUGUGGUUGCUGCCGGCCGUCACCUUCAACCCGGACCAGAUCCUCGACCUGGACGAUGUCACCAUUAGCGACUUCAAGUCGAACAACCACGAGAAGCGGAUCGCCCAGCUGGUGUCGGUCGAUUACCACACGCGGAUGCGUGACAUCGCACUUGAACUGUACGAUCAGGGCAUUCUCCAGCGGCUCACCACCAUCUAGGACCGGAUCGGAGCGGAUGUGAGUGUGCCGGGGACCGUCCGGGUGGCCGUCGCGGAAAACCCAUCGCGGAAUACAUCGCGAAUCCACCGCGAUGAAGAAAAGGGUUCAAGGUUGGACGUUGAUUUGUUUUUCUCCCGCUCGCGCGCUCGCGCGCUCUCCGCGGCUUGUUGCUUGCUUGUCCUGCAGCUAGUAUCACCGUAUAGCGAUAGCGGCCUCGGAGUCGUUCGGAGCAUCAUCAGUCGCAGUCACCGCCGCACCGUUCUUGGCCGUAUGUUUACUAGCGAUCGAGCGCGAUCAAGAAAACACCGCAAUGGCGAGUGGAAAUAGUUUCCCAAGACCGCACGUACGCAAUAUAGUACAUAAGAGACAGACAGAUAGAGAGAUAGCGAUAGAGAGGGGGAGAGAAAGAGAGCGUUUAUUGCGCGAUGGCCACCUAGUUGGCAUGGGGGCACCCCAGAUUAUGCAAGAUGCCGGUGUGCGCGUACCGAUCUAAUCCAUACCGAUAACCACUAAGCAGUACAGAGAGAGAGAAAGAAAGAAGCGCGCCAAGUAGCUAAGGGAUCCGUAGGAUGUAGGUACUAAUCAGACUAAUCUUUGUAGCGAUAAGGACCGAUUAGGUAGGAAAGAGGGAGGCUGGCAAAGGAUUGAGCGACUUGGCCUAAUUAGGAGUUUCGCUUUCAACCGUAAACAGACAGACAGAGAGCUAGGGAUGACGCUUCCGUGAAAUAACCCCGAACGCACCAGCUGUGCAGAGCUGUUCGUGUGCCAUUCUUCUCACAGACCUGCGCCUCCACUUCUAUGUCACGCCGCGGAGAGGGAGUUGGAAAGUAGUUCAUUACAAUAAGAUUACGGUUUGUGUUUCAUUACCACCGGAAAGUGGGUUAGCCCACUCAGCGGACUCGCAGCGCAAUCCCUAUCAGCUCGAGCUGAGCCAAGCACAAAACGUGGCACACUACCGUUGGCCCCAGUUUCUGGCUUCAUCUACACAGCUCACCUUCUACGUCCCCGUUAGUGGGACACUUCGGGCAGAGAAGAGGCUGUGUAAUGCGAUAGUCCGGUGGCGAAGGAAUUCGCAAGGCAAGCGAAUGGCAAGCGUUUCUCGCUUGUUUGUUACCAUUAGAAAGAUGUGGAGCCGCAGGUUCUUGAAACCCGGCACGAGAGCAUGUUUGUACCUGCGCUACAGAAGUGGGAAAGAGAGUUCAAAUCUACCGUUACCCAGCAGUUAGUUCGCUGCGAGAAUGCCUUCUAUAUUCCCUGUUGUUGUUGUUGUUAUUGUUGUUACAAGUGAUUCCUCCUCCCGCUGUUUGGCCAAACAAAUGGCCCCGUGGCAAGUCGCAAUAAUAGUCGUUCGCUCCAGCCUAUAAUUACACGCCUGUAUUUAUUGUAAGCUCAAAAAUGAAUGGUCACAUUAAAAACACAAACCGUUAUCAGGAUAAUUAAAAAAAAAUGAAGCAAAAGAAAACUAAACUUCCGCCCUGUAGCGCCUUGUUUGCGGA